AUGUCUAAGCGAAAUCUGGAAACCAUGCUGACCCCCGCCCCUUCUGAUGUCUCUAGGAUCAAAGAAAUUCGCAGACGUCCUCGUGGAACAACCCCGACUGGUGGAGCCGGUGAACCAUCCGGCGCUUUCUCACAGCUCUCGUCUGCUCCAGCUCCCUCAUUUUCCGCACCCACAAAUCAGUCAACCGGCUUUAGCUUCGGUCAAAGCCAAAGCUUCCCUGGGGCUACCGCAACGCCAAGCCAACCCACACAAGGAGACUCUGCCCCGUUCUCUUUUGGCGGGAAUAGCUCAACGUCAUUCAACUUUGGCGGUGGAUUUGGAGCUCCUGCAAGCAACCCAUUUGCGAACAACCCUUUCACUGCCGGAAAUUCUGCCCCUGCUCAACCAAGCUCCACUACGGGCUCUGUAAGCUUUGGCGGACUUGGAAGUCAACCCGCUGCUCAACCUACCUCUCAACCCACCUCUCAGCCAGCCUUUUCGUUUGGCGCACCCCAAAAUGCGAGCAGUUCAGCAACCACCGGCCUGUUUGGACAACCAGCGGCCCCCAAAGCCACCGGAAAUGCUGUUGCGGAUUCCAUGCAGAUGUCUCCUGACGCUAAACCUAAGAACGUCUUCGCUGCGUCUUCCUCCCUCCCGAGUAAGAAUAUCUUCGGCGAAUCGGGUGCCUCGAAUAUUUUUUCUUCGAAGCCUGCUGCACCAGCCGGCAAUCCAUUUGGUGGUCUGAGCUUGCCUGCUGCUGCUGAGAAGCCCCCAAGUGACAAGCCAGAAGCCUUCGCGGCCAAGCCUGCCUUUGCUAGUCAGGCACCCACUGCAACCUCUCAGGCACAGCCCUUUGGGUCCCUAUUUGGAGCCACGCCUGCCACUUCCAACCCAUCGGAGCCUGCGAAGCCUGCUACAAACAAUCUUUUUGCUUCCAAAGCAGCCGCCCCAGCUGCUGCCCCCAGCAACCCGUUCAUGUUCUCCAAGCCCGCAGCGUCAGAACCUGAAAAAGCGACUACGCCCCAAGUUGCGUCCAAUAACAUCUUUUCGCCGAAACCUAGUGCUGAGCCAUCUACCUCAGGCAACAUUUUCGCUCCCAAGCCUGCAGAGCAGAGUUCAACACCCAACCUCUUUGCUCCCAAAGCUCCUACCAACGAUGCACCUUCUACCACUGCAGCUUCGCAGCCAUUCAAGAACCUCUUCGGAUCGACGACUACGUCGCAGCCCGCCACACUGAAGCCUGCCACCGCCCCUGCUUCAAUAGGCAAUAUUUUCGCGCAGCAAAGUUCCGAAGAGCCUGCAGUGCCUGGACCCUUUGAUAAUGUGUUUAAAGGAAUCUCCAAAGAUACUAUUGUUAAGCCUUACGGGGCCGGUUUCGGCGGUUUGUCUACCAUCUCCAACUCAGCUCAACCGGCGACAGCGACGCCGAGUCUGUUUGCACCCAAACCUGUGACACAGCAGGCCGCAGACAAGCCCGCCGAAACUCCUCAGCCAUUCAAGAAUCUUUUCGGUGCCUCCUCGACAACUUCUAAGCCAGCUGAGCCGGCAGCAGCAUCAAGCCCGUUCGCGCCAAAGCCUGCGACAGAGCAACCUGCCCCGAGCCCCGUUAAACCAUUUGGCAACCUACUCGGUGGUAAAACUGCGGCUCCCCAACCUACCCCAGUGAAGGCACCCACAGCGACAUCUUCUGGAAUUGCUAGCGUGCAGAAACCUGAAGCAGCAAUUCCUAAGCCAAGUAUCCCCCGUACCACGAGCAAAGAUAUCACAGAGAAUGCCGAGCUACUAUGGAAGAUCCGAGGAUUGGAUACACGCUUCAAGCAAGAAGUCAUGAAGUACCAACCUGGAACGGACACUUUCGAUAAUCUGAUCCUCUAUUACAUCAAGAUUCGGAAGGGCAUGGGUGCGCCGAUCAAGGGUGCUCCCGAGCUACAGGUGAAGAAGACAGUUGAGAAGUCUGUCCAUGUCGACGGCCCCAACGGCUCCGCUACAUCCAGCGUGUUUGCCAAGUCCUUCUCCUCGCCGAGCCCCAGCCCAGCUCAGCCGGUAGCUGCGUCAAACCCGGCACAGAGCGCUACCGGUAAUUUGUUUGCUAAGUCCAUGUCAAAUGGCAGUGCUGCUUCUCCCGCACCCGUUGCUUCCCCUGCCCCCAAGUUGGGAGGCAAUAUGUUCGCGCAGCCAGCUUCACCAGCGCCCGCUGCUUCUCCCGCACCCAAGGUGCCUGGUAACAUGUUUGGGCAGCCAGCCUCUCCUGCACCAGCCACUUCCCCUGCUCCCAAAUUGGCAGGUAACAUGUUCGCGCAGUCAGCUUCGGCAGUGCCCACCGCUUCUACUGCCCCGAAAUUGGCCGGCAAUAUGUUCGCGCAAUCAACUUCUGCAACAGCCCCGAACGGUUCUGCAGCUCCUGCUCCCCCCAAAUUUGGGAAUGGCGUCGGCGCCGUGGAUUUUAUGGCACAGUUCAAGAAGCAGGCAGAGAAGACCAUGGCUGAGGAGAAGGCCAAGCGCAAGGCGGAAGACUUUGAUUCAGACGACGACGACGAAGAAGAGUGGGAGCGUCGUGAUGCUGAGCAACAGCGUGAAAAGCGCGCGAAGCUCGAAGCUAGCAGUCAGAAGAAGUCUGUUUUCAGGAACGGAAAGUUUGAGUGGGUUGACGUCGAUGGGCCAGCCUCGGCGGAGACUAGCAGCAAUGCUGUUAAGCCUGCCGAGAAACCGGCUGCCAGCUCUCUAUUUGUACCCGCCGAUAAUGCCGUUUUCAGUGCUGCGUCUCCUGCAUCCUCCACUGGAUCCAUCUUUGAAUCCUCUAGCCGGCCUUUGCCCGCAUCCGAGAACAUCUUCGGUCGUCUUACCCCGAAGCCGACUGAAGCUGACAAGGACAGCGAUGAGUCUGGUGACGAGGGCAAGGCUUCUUCUUCCAAGCGUCCUGCGGAAGAGGAUGCCAGUACGGAUGACGAUUUUGCAUCUGCCCUGCGCAACUCCAAGCGGACCAAGCCUUCAGAACAGACUGAUGCCGCCAAGUCUAGUCUGGACACACCUGUUCCAGCGCCAACUCCCACUGCCGGUCGCAGUUUGUUUGAUCGGAUCCAGUCUCCUGCUCCUACCCCUACUCCCCAAAAGGAGACUUCUACAUCUACAUCGAGCCUCUUCUCGGCUAGCUUCGGUCAGUCAACCUCCUUUGGCAAGUCCAUCUCCUUUGGUCAAAACAACGCCGCACCAGCUACGGAUAAGACCUGGAAGCCUACCUCGCCGAUCAAGUUUUCCACUGAUUCCGCCCUGUCCGUCACUUCGGCUCCCGCGUCGACUCUGGCUUCUACUCAGCCCUCCAGCGGGGUUAACUCUGGAGAUGCUACCCCUGACGAGGAGACUGCCCCCGGCGAAGUCUUCGACAUGUCCCAGGCCAAUGCGGGCGAGGAAGAGGAAACCUUGGUUUUUGAAUGCCGUGCCCGUGCGUUCAAGCUGACCACCGGCUGGACCUCCCAGGGUACAGGCGUUGCCCGUCUGCUCAAGCACCCCGAGACCGGGCGUGCCCGUAUCGUGCUCCGUGCCGAUCCCGGUGGCAACAUCAUCCUGAACACGUUGCUUAAGAAGGAGUUUGACUAUUCUCGUCAGAGCAAUAGCGUUCAAUUCAUGGUGCCGCAGGCCGACAGCGAGAAGCCCGAGCAGUGGGCCAUUCGUGUCAAGGCGGAGUCCAUUGAAGAGCUCUACAGCAAGAUCCAAGAGAUCAAGAACUAA